AUGAUUUAUGGGUACAUUCCACAUGUGGAGCGGUUUAUGAUCGCUGCUAUGAAAGCACGUCAAAGGCUACAAACAAGUGUUUAUUUGGAGUUGAUAAAGAUGUGGCUCAAGGUAGAAGAUACUGCUUUACUACAUUGCUUGCUCGAUGCUGACGAGGAGCAGACGUCCUUGUCAACGGGAUUGGACAGGGCAAAGGUAUUUAUUUUUGCUUAUAUUGUAAUGCAUAUGCAUCCGUAUGGUAUUGUCCAAGAAGGUGAGUCGUACUGCAUGGCUCGAACUGUUGUCGACCAUGCAGAUGCUAGAAAAAGUGUGGAGAGGCUGAUGAAAAAAUUUGAACGAAGAGAAACGUUGUUUCCGCCAUUACAAUUAUGUGAAAAGAAUCGUCUCCUAUAUUAUAGCGGAGCCAAACGCGCAAAUGCAAAAGCGAAAGGCUUUCUCAAAGCUGAGACAACGGGACUACAGUUAUGGAGAUCGGAAGAUAACGAAAUGCUAGUACAGCGUAUGUAA